AUGGCUCCGUCGCUUCCCCAGCUCCUGGCCACGGCCCUGCUGGGCUCCCUGUGCGUGUCGGCCAGCCCCCGCGUCGUCCACGACAGCCUCACCGACUCCCCCACCUUCACGAGCAAACACAGCGGCUACAACAAGACGAUGAUGUCGUCGUCCUGCCCGCACAAGAUCAUGAAGAAGCACGACUUCACCUGGGGCCCGACCAGCACCGUCUGGACGGCGACGACCACCACCACCCACCACGUCGACUGCGGUCCUUGCACCGCGCUGCACGUCUCCCGCGUCCACCUCGGCGUCGGGCCCCAGAUCAUCUAUACGACCACGGUGACCGCCACGGUGCCCACGACGACGACCAUGUACGCGUGCGCCGUCGAAAAGAUUGCCCGCGACACCGCGGCACCCACCCCCGACAAAUAG